AUGGAAGUCCUAAUCCAGCGCAUCGAUCCAUGGGUCACCGAGGAAGACCUCUACAAAGAGGUCGCUUCCGCACUUCACAGUCCGCCGGUCCGACUUCCUGGCCAAGGUCUUACCAACUUCCGUCUCUUGUUCCCCAGGACCACUCGAGGCAAACACAAGGGAUACGCAUUCCUCACCAUCGGAGAGACCUCUACGGCUUCCGCUUUCCUCCAGUUCUGCUCUAACGAGCGAAGUAGACGCCCUCUAGACAUCGUACGAGAUGGCAAAGCAAAUACGCUCAAGCUCACACCGAAUGGUUUUGGUAACGAGAAGAUUGUACGCCGUCUUCUCUCGUUCCCUUACCAAGACUGGAACUCCAGACAGCGUAGGCUGAGAGGUGAGCCGGCGAAUAGCGACUCUUCCAGUGGUCAGAGCGAUGACGAUGGCAAUGUGGGCGCUAACGCCAUCAGUCCUGUACCUCCUGGCGUCCAUCAUCGCUCUCACCAGGUGCGGACCGAAACUGUCCGCCAACAAGCCCGCAAACGCAUCGAGCCCGUAAGGUACGACGGGGCUUGGUCGAUUAUUCAGUUCGGCGUCAUCUGCGAAGAUGGUUCAUUUUCAAUUGAAGACUACGAUGCGCCUCAAGUACCUCUUCCGUCCGGCUUCGACGUCAAAGCGCAAGUGCUGUACUUUGGCGAUAAGCACAACUCGAUUCGCAUCCUUUUCAACAACAUCGUAAGCUGGUCUAUCGAUCACGCUCACAAUGCACUUGCGUUCGAACUGGAAGAUCCCGCAACGUUCAUCCGUCAAGGCCGCAACAGUUCCAUCUUCGAUUUCAUCAAUAAGGUCGAUCGAGAGCUUCAUAUUCGAGAUCGUGGUCGAUACCGCGUGCCCCUGAUCGGAUGUCAUUUCCGCGUCUGCUUCGUGUCCGUACGUGAUCUGGACUGGUUCUGUCUUGAGGCAAGACCGUUCCUCAAGCGGGCAGGCAACCCACGUCAGGAGCCAAGAGCCAUUGUGCGAAGGAAUCUCACUGCGCCGGACUUCUUCGAAGCUGUAGGUCAAUUCUGCGCCGACCUCGACAUCCGUGUAGCCUACCAGUUUGACAAGCUCAUUCGCAAUGGCCUCUAUUCGCCAACUGUGCUCGAGAUCCUCAAGGACAACACCCGUCGUCUGAUCAAGUGUCAUAACGUUGACUUCGCCGCGAGAGUGCUCGAAAGCCUCGCUGUGACUUCACGACAGAUUCAAGUACGCGAUCGCCACACUCGAUGCCUCUUGGGGUCUGGCAAGCUUCAGCAACGCAUCGAAGUCGAGCAGCAGCGUCUUAUUCGCCAAGACGCCAUGGAGGCUGACCCACUCAAUGAUCAAGUCGUCACCACGGCAACGGCACAAGUCUACCAUGUCGCUAUCACGCCAACUCGCAUGCUGCUCGAAGGACCCUUUAUGGACGCCUCCAACCGUGUCCUGCGUCUCUUCCCCGAGUUCGGCAGCCACUUUGUCCGAGUGGCUUUUUGUGAUGAAGAUGGCGACCGGUUCCCCGUCUCACGACACGAUCUGCACGGUAUUGAUAGCGAAUCCUUCGUCCGCGAACGUAUUGGCGACCCCCUCAAGCAUGGUAUUGCCAUCGCCGGCCGCAAGUUCGAAGCCCUCGCAUGGUCUGGUUCUGGCCUCGGUAGCCAUCACUGUUGGUUUGUCACUGCAUUUACCGACAAGGAUGGCAACCUAUGGAACGCUGAACGCAUCCGUCAGUCGCUUGGCGAUUUUCAAGGUGUGGACCGGUACCCAGCUCGUCUUGGCGCUCGACUUUCACAGGCUUUCAGUGCGACCUCUUCGACCAUUAAGAUCAACGACGACUGGGUCAAGAUCGUCACUGAUGACCACAGUAACUGCGCGAUGCCUUCAAAUGGGCCCAACGAGCGGGAGAAGCAAUUCUACCUGCUCACCGAUGGUGUCGGCGAAAUCUCCCGCGAACUGCGUGACGACAUCUGGCGUGAGUUGUGCUCGGCCAAGAACAUGCUUCGCGAGUGGCAGCUUUCGCAGCAGGAUGCAAGACGUAUUCCUUCAGCGAUUCAAUUCAGGUACGGUGGUGCCAAAGGUGUGCUGUGCCUCAACCCGCAACUUAGGGGCAAGGUCAUGAAAGUUCGACACAGCAUGAUCAAAUUCUCCGCACCCAAGCAUCGAGAUCUCGAAGUAGCAACUACAUCCUUUCAUCCACUUCCGGCGCGACUCAAUCGACCGCUCAUCAACGCUCUUGAAGACCUCGGUGUCCCAGCCGACGUGUUCGUCUCUCUACAGAACAAAGCAGUCGAAAGCGCACAACUGGCAAGGAAAGACUUCAAGCACGCAUCCCAACUCAUGAGAUCCUUUGCGCUCAGUGACACAGCCGAAGUCCACAAGCUCUUCCAUCGACUUGAUAGUAUCCUUGGCAUCACUCCGGACAACCUUCAUCACGACAGCAUCCUUAACCGACUCUGUACCAUCGUCAUCGCAGCCGCGCUAGGCGAUCUCAAGCGUAAAGCACGAAUCCCCGUUGAUGGCUGUACCCUCAUUGGUGUUGUCGACGAGUUCAACUAUCUCGGCAAGAACGAGAUCUUCGUUCAAGUGAACGACAAGGAGGAUGGCCAAUACCGUAUCAUUGAAGGUCGAGUCAUGAUCGGACGCUCUCCCACCAUCCAUCCUGGCGACGUCCGCAUCGUCACCGCCGUCAAACCUCCUCCCACUCAUCCCUUGCGCCAACUUCGCAACGUCGUCGUCUUCAAUAAGCAUCCGCACGGUCGUCCGCUUCAAUCUAUGCUCUCUGGUGCAGAUUUUGAUGGUGACAUCUUUACCAUUUACGAAGACGAGCAAUUAUUCCCGAAGCAGAUGGCUUCACCUGGGGUAUACAAGAAUACACCACCGCGGGCAUUGGCACGACCAUGUACAUUUGAGGAUCUGGCGGAUUUCUUUGUUGACUUCGUGAUUAACGAUCAGAUUGGACUGGUUUCCACAUUCCACUUGCACAUUGCGGAUCAGAGUGAACUGCAUUCGCUCGAUCCGGAUUGUGUCAAGCUGGCCCAACUGCAUGCGAAGGCGGUAGACUAUAGGAAGACGGGUCAGGCGGUGCAUCGGAAAGACGUGCCAAUGCCGCCGCUUAAUUCGCCUAGACCGGAUUUCUUGGCACAACGACCAGUGGGACAGGGGAUCUAUGCAAGUUCAAGGGCAUUGGGAAAGUUGUUCAGGGCGAUUCCGGAACACACGACGGAUACGCCGUUCGGCGCACAGCCUUCUUGGGCGACAGAGACGCAGGGCAAGCAGAGUGCGCUAUCGAGUAUCUUGAAACAGCCUGGGAAAGCUGACGAUAUCGUGGAUAUUUUGACGAUGUUGACUCAGAAGUUUCCCCAGAUUAUGCCUGAAGGACUGCGGCUGAAGCAGAUGCAGGCGCAUUACAGGCCGUUGCUUUCAUCGUUCGUAUCCCACCUCAGUCGGCUGGCUGCUUGGAUUCCGGAGAGCAGGACCGAAACGGAAUGGCUGAGUGAAGAGGAGAUCCUGGUCGGGACGCAAGUCAUGGCGACGAAAGCAAAGCAACUCAAGCGGAGGCAGGAGAGGUUGACGGCCUCCACUGCCGAGUUGUUCCCAACUUUGCGGGCGCAAUUGCUACUCAUUGCUAGCGACGAUACUGUGGAGACCUCUACGAUUCGGCCUACGCCAGACACGGAUGCCGGUGGCAGGAACAAGGGGAAGAGCAAGUCAACCGGCUCAACCACAAUCCCUGGUCGAGAACGUGCUGAGACAGUGCACUUCACAGGCUACGCCCAGCUGGUGAAAGAACCUGUUCGGAAGCCACUGGCAAGAAUUGUCGUCGUAGACGGCGAACGAGUAUUAUUGAAGGAGAAGCCUGGUGCGAGUGGCACACAUUCGCCGCAGUCCGAUGACGAAGGAGAUUUUGAUCCCAAAGGACACUUGGAUCAUCAGGCAACGAAAUAUGCCCUGAACGAGCACAUUGCCAAGACUCAUCAGGCUUGCUCUUCCAGACAGAACAAUAAGAUUCAACAAACGAAUGGUAAAGGCAAAGAUAAAGGAAAAGCUAGCGGCACAUCCACCCCUAACGGAAGCGGCCGAGGACAUCAGCAACUGCAGCAACAGAAGGGCAAGAACAAAGCCAUCGCAUGCACAGAUCCAGAGCUAUACAAUCUGCUGUAUGACUGUGAUGAUCACGAUUAUGGUCUUGACCUCCACUACAGCGGUCGGAUGACGGUGGAGAAUCUUAAAAGAAGGAAGAGGAGGAAAGAGCUGCAAUAUCUCUACGCAGCAUGCCAUUUGGGUGCGUCUGAGGUGGCAACAAGACACUUUGGUGGGAACACAUUUGCGGUGAUGGCAUUAGGCUGUCUAUUGGAGCUCCUGGACGAACAUCAGGCCCACGGACAUCUCUUCUGA